UGCGAUCUCGGCAUUAUACACUUGCACUGCACAACAAGAAAUGUGUAAUUAGAACUAUAUACACGCUCCUAAGGCACCUGCCAGGGACGUAUUAUAUACUAAGGGUUUGACUGACUGAUAUUGUGCAAAACCAACCACAAAGCCGCGUGCAAUAAGUGAUAUUCGACAGGUUUCGUUCUAUCCUACCGUAUUUAUUUCCCAAAGACAACAAGAUGGCAUAUCACAUCCCCCCUAGUGGCGUCUGGUGCCCUGCCGUCACAUUCUUCAACCCGGAGACUGAUGAGCUAGACCUAGAUUCACAGGCCACUUACUAUUCGUACCUGGCGCGAACUGGUCUGGCUGGUCUAGUCAUUCUGGGUACGAACGCUGAAGCGUUUCUGCUGACACGCGAGGAGCGCAAGACCUUGAUUGAUACAGCCCGCAGAACAGUGGGCCCGGACUUCCCUAUUAUGGCAGGAUGUGGAGCGCAUUCGACGAAGCAGGUUCUUGAGCUCAUCGCUGAUGCGGCAGAUGCUGGAGCCAACUCUGCUUUGGUCUUGCCACCAGGGUAUUUUGGCAAAGCUACCACCCCAGAAGUUAUCGAGAGGUUUUACGCCGACGUCUCCAAGGGUAGCAAGCUUCCCAUCGUCAUUUACAACUUUCCUGGAGUGUGCAACGGUGUCGACCUUGGAUCAGACGUGAUCGCCAAGCUGGCCAACAAGCACGAAAACAUUGUUGGUACCAAACUCACCUGUGGAUCAGUGGCUAAGAUCACUCGUCUUGCGGCUGCUCUUCCCAAUUUUGCGACAUUCGGAGGUCAAUCAGACUUCAUCAUCGGCGGUCUAAGUUCCGGAUCAGUCGGGUGCAUCGCAGCCUUUGCAAAUGUGUUCCCAAAGACAAUCGUGAAGAUUUACGAUCUUUACAGGGAAGGGAAACAACAAGAGGCUUUGGAGUUGCAUCAGAAAGCAGCUCUAGCAGAACAACAAAUUAAGGCGGGAAUUGGCGCUACAAAAUACGCUGCCGCAAUACGGACUGCGACGGCCGCUGGUAUUUCGGAUCCAGUUACAAAAUUACAACCCAGGACCCCGUACGAUCCGCCAACGGAGCCUGUGAAGGAAACGAUAAGACAAGGUACAGAAGAGGUAGCGAAAAUUGAGGAAAGCUUACCCCUUCGAUCAUGACUUCUAAGAUAGGAUGCUUGCAAGCACAAAUAAACAAGUAAUGGAUUUCGAAAAGAUUUGUAGUCUGUUUCUUCUGAGCGAUAUCAUUGACAUUCAUCAAGAUCCAAGAAGCAGCCCCAGAAGAAAUAAGUCGGGAGAUAACGCCUG